AUGGUGGCAAUAUCGGAGCUGUUGCAGAGCUGCCUCCGCCAGUUUCUCUUAUUAAUCAACUCAGACACGCUCGCCAACCACACUGGGGAGGUUCCACUACAAGAAUGGAGGGACGAACUGGGCCGACUUCGCGUGUGGGCAGCAAAUAUCGGUGCUCAUCAGACCCGUCAAUCCUCGCUGGAUUACCGUCUUAGGGAUGCUUCGCAUAUCAAGGGUCAGAUAGUGAGGCUCUUAGAGCAGUUCCAGGAACUACUCACUGACCUCCAGGAUGUGCUCGAAGAGAGCAGCGAUGAUGAAGCCCAAGACCAUCAGUUUAAAGAUUUGGGAGGUUCCGAAAGCGAGAACUCCACUACCGAGGUUCAAGAGAUUCAUCAAACUCUCGUUGAGACGAUCGAUCAACUCUACCAGAUGUCCAUGAUCAUCCGCAAACCAGCACAGCACGAUCGACUGGUCGGGACAAAAAAACUGGAUUCUGAACCUUUCCAGUUCUGGGCUAAGCAGCAUUCCUCCACCAGAUAUCCCAAUGCGGAUGCGCUGGCUAUUGAUCGUAUCAGCUCCGCAAUGGCCCGACAAAGGGCAAUCUUGAAAUACCGUGAACGACAUCACGCGAAAUUAAGUCAGGGCAUCGUUUCCGAGAGUGAUAAUAAAUCCACCCUACUAUCAGAAACGGUGGCAACAGAUGUGUUUAAGGAGAUACCUGGCCAACUUGGCGAUAUGGCCUCCGAUGCUGGCAUAUCCGAAACUUCAUACGGAGGCACCCUGCUCGAGGGAACUGGUGCAGAUACCCCCAAAAUACCACCUAUACCGAAAAAGGGCACGGGAAAGAGACCUUUUGAAUGUCCGUAUUGCUUUUACAUUAUCACGGUUCGAGACAGGAGAGCAUGGGCGCGCCAUAUUUUCCGCGAUCUGAUGCCGUACGUUUGCAUUUUCCCGGGAUGCUCGACGCCCAACAAGCUCUACGGCGGCCGUCGACAAUGGCAUCAUCAUAUUCAGCAAGCACAUGUUUCGGUACCAAGCACAAAUGGUACAUAUGACUGUUCUAUCUGCAAACAGGGCUCUCUUCCUGCUGUCGGGUUUCAGCGACACGUGGGGCAACACUUGGAAGAGCUUGCGCUGUUUUUGCUACCACGGACAGACGAGGACGAAGAUGAAAAUGAAGAAGGGACGGAUGAGAAUCUUAACAACGUAUCUUUGGACGACAAUUCAGUGGAGAGUGUCGAGCAGCGCCAUGAUACGAACGAUGCAGCAACCCCAGCUUCCGACUCCAAUCAUAGUGAUCUCAGUCCAUUGGGAGGGGGGCCAAGUAAACAUUCCACAUCUUCAGCCGAAGCGAAAUCGAGUGAUAGAGAGUCCCUAGGAGAGCUGGAAUCCAACGUAGAGGACGAAAUGCGCGCCUCAUCGUCCCCUUACAACCGAGAAUAUGAACUCGCUAUGAGCCAGAAGCUGAUGGAGAAGAGCAACCCCCAGCGGGACAUAGACAUGUGGAAGAAGCAUCAGGAUACUGAGCGUCUAGAGCACGAGCCAGAGGAGUACCAUGGCCGGACUGACCCGCGCAACUUCAGUGAGUCGCAGCUACUACGCGAAGAAGAGAUAUGGUCCGAAGGUGAGACCAGUGGGCGGCUGCGUAAGUCGCAGCAAUUCAAGCGCGUACGUACGCAUCAAUCCGCGGAGGACCUUAAGGCUGAAGAGCGGUACCAGCUUAACAGGCUUGCGGCAGAGAAGAGGGCUGAUGCUGAGGACGAAGAGGCUAGGAGGUAUCGAAUAGAGAGAUUGGAGGUUAUUAUGCGUAGGGAGGUUGAGAAAGAGGAGAGAGAGAAGCUCGUGCGGGAGGAAACGUGGAAAGAGAACGCCCGCCUGAAGACGAAGUUUAUACUGGAGGAAAAUUGGGAAGGGCUUGCCCGCCUGAAGGAAGAGAGGAAGAAGUCUAUACGGGUGGAAAAGUGGGAAGGGCUUGCCCGCCUGAAGGAAGAGGAGCGGCGUAAACAGCUCAUUCGGGAGAUUUCAGAUGAGGAUACGCGAAAGGUGAGGGAGGCCGAGGGGAAGAGGAAGAAGGAGGAUGCUCUAAAGGAUUUUGAUGUUGAGGAGUGGAAGCUCGAACAGGAGCGGAUCAAUCAGAUGGAGGCCGAGAUGCAAUCCAAGGAAUUCCGUGAGAGGAUGCGCAGCAUGAACCAUACCGACGAGGAGAUUGAUGAUUUUAUCAACAAGAAAAAGGCAGAGAAGAAGCAAAACGAUAAGAAAAACGAGGAGUCGCGCGAGCAACUACGCACCGCAGGGUUUAGCGAUGCAGUAAUCGAGUACAUAUUCCCCGGCAAGAAAAAGGAACGGAAAGAGGGGAAGCACAAGGAGCCUAAAGUGGAAGAGCCAAAGACAACUUGGAUUAUGUGCCACCGCAAACACCUGCUGCCCGAGACCUUGAUAGCCUACGAUCUUCCCUGGGACUGGGACGAGGAAGACCCCAACUAUAUCAUCAUCAAGAAAUGGAUUGCCGACGAUUCGCAAGACGAGCUCUUUUACCACACCCGCCGCUUGCGCGAGCGUAAGGUCGUCGCUCAGACCUCACCACCGGAAUCACCCAAUGUAAAGAAGGAUCGUGAGUAUAUCGUACGGAAGAAGAGUCCUAGCGGUCGUGUAAGGAUAUUCGGCUAG